UCAGCUUUAUUCUCUCUGUUUACUACAAGACCAAGUUGAUUUUGUGAAGAUAACUACCAAAGGAGUCAAGGAUCUGAUCCGCUUGGUGAAAUAUUGGAUGAAGACUUCUUUUGCCAGACCAAACCAGGAAAACAGGUUCCGUCGAUUGCCCUCAUCCUACACACUGGAACUCCUCACGCUCUAUGCAUGGCAGCAGGCAGGGAAGCCCAUUUUUUUCAAUUUGCUCCAGGGGCUGAGGGCUGUGCUGUUACUUCUCGUGAACUACUUGGAUAUCUGCAUUGUCUGGUAUGAGCACUACAGUCCGUCUUCAUGGAUUGUCAGGAAGGCACUUCAGCAUCAGACAAGACCAUUCAUUUUGGACCCAGCAAAUCCCACAUUUAACGUCUGUGAGAACUGCAAUGCUUGGGAUGAAGUAGCCGUCGUUGCCAAACAAAGCUUGCUGAAGCCACUUCUGAAUGGAGUGCAGUGCACCGGACCCUGGAGCUUCAUAGAUGGCAAUUAG